GCUGCCCCCUCCUCACCAUCUCAUCACCCGCUCCUCCGUCACUCAUUGGCCUUUCGCCGCCCAUCAUACAUCGCCAUUAUCCUUCACCCUCGCCCAUCUCGCACCUUGCAUCUCUCGACUCCUCGCCGCCUCAUUUCUGCUCUGAACGCCACGCCAUGCCAUUCACCUCAAGCUGCAAUAGCUCAUCGCAGAUCUAGCCCGUUCCUCGACCUACGCUUGGUUGUAUCAGGCCAGUCACCCCAGCGACACACCCCAUCCCUUAUCUACCGCUUACGAGUUCAGCUUCCUCAUCCUCCCCUCCACUUUGCCAUUAAUCUCUGCUCGCGGCUCCUACCGCGCGUCUGAAGGAUAUUGCAACUGGUUGUUCGCAGGGUCACAAUGUCAGUCGCGCUCUCAGAAGAGUCGUCCAACACCACACCAACGUCGGCCGGGUUCUCCUCCAAGUACGAGAGUGCUACCAUUGCCACCUCAUCUAAGCGCAAUGAACUCGCUGCUUCUCCGGCUUCAGAUAGCCGUCGUCCCUCGACUCCUCCGCUUCUGCGCCCUCCUCAUGGCCAAACCUUCGUUGGACAUGUCAAGUCCUGGGGCGACAAUCAAAUUGCCGACUUUUUGAGACUCUACCGAUGUGAUCAGUACACGCUCUUGUUCCAUCGCAAUGACAUCGACGGCAAGGUUCUGCUUGAUCUCGACAUGUCCAGCCUCAAGGAGAUCGGCAUUACAAAAAUCGGCGAUCGAGUCAAGCUUCUCAGCGGCGUGCGCGAGCUCCGGAAGCGAGCGGCGCGGGUACCGGCACCCCCACCGUCGCAGAGCAGAGGAUUGCACAGUGCGAGCGCACCUGCGGAUGGUAGCCCCCUCCCCCUCGUCCAAGACACGAGGGGGUCACAAGUCCCCAAGAGACUAGCGACCGCUCUGGUAUCGAAGCGUCUUCAACUUUCACGGCCGCCACCUCUGAAUCUUCAACGACCUGCGCCUGCGUCCUCGCCUGAAGGCGGUCUGUCCCUUGCAUCUCCGUCAUCUCGAGCUGUCACGCCCAGGUCUCACCAUCUGCCCAACGUUUACAAGACUCCCGGACAGGGGGAUUCUGCCGCAGCCAAAUCGUCCCAGGAGUCGACCGCAUCACUACGUCCCCCGCUUGCUCGUGAUCACCGGCGGUCUCCAAGUCCGAACUUUGAUGAUGGCGGCUAUGCAGGCCUAGGACGAGGAGACGCACAGAAGCACCGACCAGGGGUGCCGCGACCAGCGGAUUCGCCACAUCGCGCUGAUCAGAAGGCUAUCUCGCCGACGCAGCGUUCAACCCGAGAAGGUAAUUUGCCGCACCCGUUUGCGUCUGCUCUACGAUCGGAUGCAAGCAAGGGUGGUCUCGACUCUCAGCGAGGGGCAUAUUCGCGGCCGACGCUGCCUGGUUCGCAAGCCCCGUCCAUAGACCCCUCGCCUCGGCCUGGUCAACCGUCGCUGGAGGAUCUUCGUCGACACGUCGUCAAGUUUGUCAACUCUGAGGACGGCCGGACGACAAAGCUUGACGUGUCAACCUGCGCAAGUGGAGUGGAGGUCCUUGAACGGGUCCUGAAGAAGUUUGGCAAGGGAAACACUGGCAUGAGCAGCUUCGGGCCAGAUAAUGACAACGAUAGCGAUCGGCUGGAAGUGGACGGCUGGGGUGUCUUCAUUCAGUCAGAAGGCUCAGAGGAAGGUAAGUGCCACACGGGUUUGUCUCGCUUAACAGGCACAGAAGUUCCCCUGUCGGAGUCUGCCUUACUGGAUAUCUGUCAAGGUCACCGAUUCUUCCGCACUGGCACGCAUAACGACCCAGCAGUUAUCAGAGAGAAUGGACUCGUGUUGCGUCGCGUGUCUCACUCUGUUAAUCGUAAGAACAUGGAUCUCUUCUUUGGAGUGUCCCCGCCGCCUCGUUCUCCCCAUUCACCGUUGUAUUACAGUGCCGGUGUACCUCGACUGGGCGAAACAUGGGACCAGGAUUCACCGGGCAAGAUGGUCGCCAGUAAGAAAACCAACAGGGCCAGCACAGUGUCUAUCAUGUCGAGCCUCGGAGUUCCUGGAGCUGUCGAGGUGGCUCCCGCCACUGACUCGGCCAGGUCGUCGACAAUUGGAACCACCUCUCGCAAGAAGAUGUACAACUUCUUCGGUCACCGUCCACCAAGCGAGCUCAUCUCCAAUCACCUUGCGGACUAUUUCCCGUCUGCUCGCAAGCGUGACCUAGAGAAGACGGUGCGGCAAAGCAUGAUGCGUUUGUCUCAGGGUCACUCUCAAGGUCUCGCGGUAGGCGCCGGCCAUCCAGCGGCAGCCUCCAGCACUUCUCUUCUCUCUGGGCAGCCCGGAGCGUAUGAUGCGUCUAGUCUGAACAGGAGGCCUCGCCCCCCUUCCACACGCACUGUGUCCUCUGCUACGACACCUGCAGCGAUUCCAGAAGAAGUCGAGAUGUCCAAUAAAGCAAGCGAUCCGUUAGCGGCCGCCCCGGCCGAUGAGCAGGCCGCUCCUGUAGAUCCUCGUCCUCCUCUAUUGCCUCCUUUCGAGUCGACGGGCGAGAGCCUGGUAGACUCUCUACAGCAAUAUUCGCCUGCACCGUCCACAGUACGGCCGGCACUUCGGCAAGGGAGGCGUGGCUCCUCGGGGUCUAACCUAAGUCGCAUUAGUGUCAUCUCCUCCAUUCGCAAGAGCAAAGAUAAGAGCGACACUGCGAGUCUGCUUACAGUCGACGAGAUUACAGCUGAAGUCGAGAACCGCCGAGCCAGCAUGUCGACCCUCAGCGACCCCCAAGAACAAGAUCGUCCUAACACCCCAGCCGCCUCAGACGUCUUCCCAAGCGAGGAUGACACAACUGAUUCGAGUCCCUCAGAUACCGAGUCCGAUGAUUCCGAGGCUACCACUGAUAGCGAGGAUCACGGCCACGGGCGAGCGUUUACCUCAGCCGGCUCCAGACAAAUUAUCAAGUGGAUUAAGGGUGCACUCAUUGGAGCUGGCUCGUUCGGCUCUGUUUUUCUCGGUAUGGACGCUCAUUCCGGGCUUCUCAUGGCGGUUAAGCAAGUCGACCUGCCGUCGGGAGACGCGAGGAACGAAGAGAAGAAGCGCAGUACUGUGCAAGCAUUGGAGAGAGAGAUAGAGCUUUUAAGGGAGCUGCAGCACGAGAACAUUGUUCAAUAUCUUGAUUCUGCCACCGAUGGCAACAAUCUCUACAUUUUCUUGGAGUACGUGCCUGGUGGAUCGGUCGCUGCCCUGCUUAGUAGUUACGGAGCUUUCGAGGAGGCUCUUGUGCGGAACUUCUCCCGCCAGAUUCUCACCGGUCUCAACUAUCUUCACGAGCGCAACAUCAUACACCGAGAUAUUAAGGGCGCAAAUAUAUUGGUCGACAACAAAGGAGGCAUUAAGAUCUCAGACUUUGGCAUCUCAAAGAAGGCAGAGAGCAGUAGGUAAAGGAACAACCUGUAAUCUAACAAAAGGUUUGAUGGACCGGCCAAAUCGGCCCUCCUUGCAAGGUUCGGUAUUCUGGAUGGCCCCCGAGGUCGUUAAGCAGACGAGCUACACCUCCAAAGCGGAUAUUUGGAGUGUUGGCUGCCUUGUUGUGGAGAUGUUGACCGGCACGCAUCCAUGGGCGGAUCUAACGCAGAUGCAAGCGAUCUUUCGUGUAUGUUGACCGCACACGUCACAGCAGGCUGACCGCUACCAGAUUGGAUCGCUCGCGCGCCCUGCAACUCCGAGCGACAUCUCAACGGACGCUGCUGACUUCCUCCGCCUCACUUUCGAGAUCAAUCAUAAUUCUCGACCCCCC